AUGAAUAAUGAACAAUAAACAACUACAUCAACUACAUUAACUAUAUCAAUCACAACCAUCACAACUAUCACAACCAUCACAACUAUCACAACCAUCACAACUCUCAGUUAUGGAUUUAAUGCCAACCAGGAAUCAUCGUCGUUUAUUUGCUAGACGCAACGGUUUUAAAUUGGGACACUCCAAAGAGAACCUUCUACUUCGCACAGCAAUUAUUUCGAACAAUAACCAUCGCAUCACCACAUCUGAAUCGAAAAGCAAUAGAAAAACAGACAUCAAAAGACACUCUAAGCCAAAAAGACAAACGAAGUCUGAAAGAACUGAUAAACGAAUAUUUCUAUAUUUGGGAUGGAAAAUAUACAUUACCUCGUUGAAGGUAUUUGAAAACUCCUUCGAUUUUAUCUUCUACAUUUCAACAAUAUUUCGCUACUGCACUUUUCAAAGCUCAUCUAUCAUCAUCAUUCUAAUUAAUAUUUCCCUAUUAGCCUUCUUUAUCGAAGCAUACGUUUUUUCUCCAAAAGCAGCUAUCGAUUUACCUAUAUGCAUAUUCCCACAUAAAUACACAAUUAUGCACACCCCUUCCUGUUGAAACACUCGAAUCGUAUCGUUAUAUCGAACCUGCCUCUUGUAUUGAUAAAUACGAUCAGAUACUCGAAUUUCAGGAUAUUCUAAACUCAAUCGAAAUUUCACCCAAACAUCACAUCGAUGAUUGCUAUAGUCCUGAAAUGAAACUUGAUAUUAUCAAUAAAUUAGAAGAAGUUCUCGUUUCUACCAUCUCCCAUCUUCAUAUCAAACACAUAUCCUAUCCUAUCAAGAAUACUCAGCAGCUUUUCUUCGUCUAUAAUGAUUCUAUUUUCAAAAGAACUAAGGCAGAAAAGCAAACCUUCAGAUUGCUCCUGGGAUAUAAUGAACAUGCGUCAUGGGUAUCAGAUAGUUUAUCUAGCACUUGGCGAUCUGAUGAGAUCGAACAUGCACGCUCUUUAUUCCGUCUCCCAAAGGUAUGUACCUGACAUCCUCUCACGUCUUGUUCUAAUAUAAAUAAUAUUUCUACCCGCAGGUCCUUUCUAAACUCCGCGACUCACCUAACAGAAUUUCAGUCGAUGCCCAGGAUCAACAUCUCCUAGUGGAAUAUCUCACAUCCAAAGGAGGGCAUUGGAAACACUUCAAUCUGUGUAGCGAAAAGAUUGCGUUCAUGACGCCUGAGCUUACCCAGUGUAUAUCCUUUUUCUAUGCUGAAAGAAAUGAGAAUAUGAAAGCUCGUGUUAUUUUCGAUGCAUUCUUUCACAAGUACAAUAGUAGUUCAGUCCCUUUACCACCUCUUUCUUCUCGGCGUUCACCUCUGGAAAUUUGUGCAUUUUAUCGAAAAAUUUUACGGCAAGGACAAGAUACUAUGGAUGGAGAUAAGUACAAGGUGACGAAUACUCCUAGUCGAAGUGCUACACAUGACGAAGAGGAAGAUGGUCUUGAUAAGAGCCCCUUGAAUAAUGAUUUCCUCAAGGCAGACUUUCGAUGUUUGGAAGGAGAGCAAGAUGAAGAAGACUCUAUUACAACAAUCUCUAAUAAGAGUUUAGCACGCCUCAUUUACAUCCGUACCCAAAUGAUCACUUCCCACCGUUCCGGGAGAGAGGAAAAACUUCAGUGGUGGUUUCUGGCUUUGACGUUAUACGAUGCAUUUCUAUCCGAUACUCCGCCUAGAUCCUAUGAAGAGUAUAUUUGUGCUGGAGAUGCACAUGGAUACCGACGGAUGAUGAUGGAAAAUGAUGGAAAAUGAAUAAUAUACAUUCAGCUUGUAUUAUUAUUGUAUUAAUGAAGUACAGUUGUCGGCUUGCCGAUACCAGAACCUUUGCUGUAUAUAUAGUGUAUCAUAGUUUAUCUAAUGUAAGAUCUUAGAU